AUGGCCGAGGCACAUCCCUGGGGUCCUAGCCCUCCAGGGGUAGGGGGCGCUCAUCAUCCUCCUAGUUGGCCACACCCACACGACUGCAACACCACCAACACCACAACAGACCAGACACGAGCAUUCGUCGAAUCUCUCUUCACGGCCGUGGCGCUGGACAACUUCGGCGCCUCGUUCGCCGUGGCGCUGGCCGACGACCUGGUCUGGACCGUCACGGGCAGCAGUCCGAUCGCCGGCCGCUACGAGGGCAAGCAGGUCUACGUGGACCGAGUGCUCACGCCGCUGCGCGACGUGCUGGUCGCCAUGCCCGUGCCGAUCGUCGAGCAUAUCAUCGUCGAUGGCGACUGGGCCGUAGUCAAUUGGCGAAGCGAGGGGGUGCGUGGCAAGAACGGCGCGAAUUACGAUAUGCAGUAUGCGUGGUUGAUGAGGACGGAACUGGUUGAGACUGUCAAUACUGACAAUGGUACUGAUACCGACACUGGAACUGGGGCUGAGGAUGAUGCUGAUCUCGAAAGAAAGAUCGUCGAGGUCAUUGGCUUCUACGACGGUCAGAAGGUCGCCGCUGUGUUUGAGGGUUAUGUGUUUAAAAACAGUACUACGGCCUGA